UGCUCAGAGUAGCUUUGAACAUGAACCUUGUGGAGGCUGAAUGCUGAGAAGGACAGAAGAAGAGCAAUGAUCUGACACAGAACGUGUCCGUUUAUGCUACCAAAGAGCACACGGAGCAGGAGAGCACAGAAGGAACUGGCUGUCCGCUUGACUUUUUCCUCUUUUGGAUUUUGGGGUUUCGCGGGGUGAGAAGCUUUAACAGCGAGGACGCUGGAGACCAGAAUGAAACUAGUGACCUUCCUCAGCUGGCUCACAGCCUUCUACAGUUUCAGCGGCUGCUGGGCCUCUGAGCUUUCUUUCUUGGUAGAACCCACGGACGUGAUUGCGGUGAGGGAUCGGCCACUCAUGCUGGACUGUCAGGUCCAGGGUGAGGAACCCAUCGCAAUUACGUGGCGCAAGAACGGAGCGCCCGUACCCAGUACCCCACGGGUCCGAGUACAAGAGAAUGGCACGCUGCUAAUAAAGAGCUUCCAGAAACGCAGAGAGGGCAGCGAUGCAGACAUGGGCGAGUACGACUGCGCUGCACAGAACCGUUACGGCCUGCUCGUCAGCCGCAAGGCCAAAGUCCACCUCGCAUCUCUUCCUAAGUUCCACACACACCCUGCAUCAAUGUCUGUGGACGAGGGAGGAGUCGCUCGAUUCCAGUGUCAGAUCAAUGGAGUACCUGAAGCCAGAAUCACAUGGGAAAAAGACCGAGUGCUGCUCAACACCACUGACAGCAGGUACACUCUCCUACCAAUGGGCAUCCUCCAGGUGACAGGUGUGAGAAAGGCGGAUGCAGGGGUUUUCCGCUGUGUUGCCACCAACAUCGCCAACACUCGUUACAGCCACGAAGCCACGCUCAAUGUUACUGGUGGGACUCCAAGAACCUACAAGGAGCCCGUGAUCCUGUCAGGACCUCAGAAUCUGACCAUCACGGUCCAUCAGACCGCCAUCUUGGAGUGUAUCGCCACAGGAAACCCAAGGCCCAUUGUUUCCUGGAGCAGGCUAGACGGGCGCUCCAUUGGGGUGGAGGGCAUCCAGGUUCUCGGGACAGGGAACCUGAUGAUCUCAGACGUAUCCCUGCAGCACUCUGGUGUGUAUGUGUGCGCUGCCAACCGGCCCGGCACCAGGAUGAGGCGCACUGCACUCGGACGCCUCGUGGUACAAGCUCCUCCUGAGUUCCUGCAGUGGCCACAGUCUGUAUCCAAACCAGCAGGGGGCAGUGCUGUGUUCACCUGUGUGGCGCAGGGUGUCCCUGAGCCUCAUCUCAUUUGGCUGAAGAAUGGCAAGGUCCUGAUGCCUGGACACAACAUCAAGCUUACCAAUAACAACAGCACUCUGGCUUUGACCCGUAUCGGCUCGGAAGACGAGGCUAUCUACCAGUGCAUUGCCGAGAACAGUGCCGGUACCAACCAGGCCAGCGCCCGCCUGGCCGUGGCGCAGGGUAAGGAUCUGCCCGAUGCCCCAGGAGGCUUCACGGCCAAAGCCGUGUCCACGCACGCCCUGCAGAUCAGCUGGGACCAGCCGCCCACCAACGUCACUGAGAGCAUCAUCGGCUACGUGCUGCACAUCCGCAAGAUAGGAGAGGCUGACAGUCUGGAGCUGCAGGAAGCCAUCAGUAAAGGCAACUUUCAGCACGACGUUACCAACCUGGAGCCAGCCACCACCUACUCUCUUUACCUGAAGGCCUACUCGCCCAUGGGAGCCAGUCAGCAGUCCCAUACUGUGACUGUGACUACUUUAGGGGGCGUGCCUGCUCCACCUACCUACUUCACCAAGGUGUUAAAUUCCAGCGCCGUACAGGUCCUCUGGGAACUUCCCACUAAGGCCGGUAUGGUCGAGGGCUUCAGGCUGUCGUACCGCAGGGUCCCCCACGCUGAGUACCAGAGCCCGAUUCAGCUGCCCUGUUACGUUAAUGCCCACACCAUGUCGAGCCUGGAACCGGGUGCAGUGUAUGAAAUCAAACUGGUUGCCUAUAAUGGGAACGGAGAGAGCGACUGCUCCAAGAGGCUGGUGUCACUCGCAGAGGAGGGCGCGAGAGACCAAAGCACCGGAGGAGACCGUCUGUGUCAGUGCAGGGACGGAGAGGCCUCGCUGGGCAGCAUUGUCAUCGGCAUCCAUAUCGGCACCGCCUGCAUCAUCUUCUGUGUUCUCUUCCUCAUGUUUGGAUACCGUCGCAAUCUGUUUUGCAGUAAAGGGACUCAGGACAGCUGGUCUCCAUCGAGGAUCCAACCAGUGCACACUGGCAUCCCUAAAGAUGGAGAGGCCCUCCCCAGAGGAGAAUCUCAGGUGGUCUGCCAGGUUAUCAUUGAUCAACAUUCGUCAGGUUUGCACGCUUCAGGCACUGGCUAACACUGGUCAGUGAUGUCAUAACAGCCACACCCCUGCCCUGUCCUCCAGCAGUCAGCCAUUCACUAGGAACCUCCCACCAAAGAGCACCACCUUUGGUUUGUUAGGCUCAGUCAUACCAUUAGUGUCCCCAGACCUGCUGCUAAUAACCUGAGAGUAGCCACUCCCUCCCUCAAACCAAAGCUUAUUGCCUUUAUUGCCUGUGCACGUGCCUGUGCACGUGAAGAAAGCCUUUGAAAACCGUUGUCACCACAGAUUGUGUCCUGUCUCGCACCACAAACAUUUCUGUUACUUUUUCAGUGGAAGGCGUAAACCAAAAUAUUCUACCUCUCAGAUCGCCACUGAUAAACUGACACGUGAUGAUGUGGACUUUAAACCUCGCAUGAAGCCAAAAACUCGACCCUGACGGAGACGGUCUCGUCACUCUGUGGUGACAAACUCUUGACUUUGCCUUUUAUUCCUCUACAGUAAGGAAAAGAAGAAACAUAGCGGCCUUUGUGAACACCUUCCAGAGGUGACGGUGUGAUGAGAAACUAUUUUCUAUUACAAGCCAUUAGGAAGAGUCGUGUGAACCAGUUAACUCAGCUCCUUCCACCCAAAGCUGCUCACUUCCAAAGAAAGCUACCUCACUCUGAUGGGAACAUCUUUUCUAUAGUUAGCCCGAGCCUGCUAAUGCUAGUCUACCUCAUCCAAAAGUAAAGGCUUCUGGUCAGUGAGCACACCUGACCGGUGUGAGUCACAGACCGAACUGUGCAGGAGCAUGUGGAGCUCUGCAGCAUCAGUCUCAGCCUCCAUCAAGCCUCAGCUUCUUAUGCUUUUGGUGGAAUUUCUCCAUUUUUGUGACAUCAGAAGAUGUUCGUGCUUUUCCUCCAAAGACAUAUUUGGAAGUAUGUCAUGGACAACAUGAUGAAACAACCCAGGCGUCCUCUUUUUCUCUCCACCGAGCAAAACGGGAAGCUUGUCUUUGUUAAUCUGCAUAACUGAAUCCAAAAAAUGAUGAGGCCACGCUGCCAAGCUGACUUUCUAGAUGCCAAAUUGGUCAACUGGGACUUCAGUGACUCCGACGUUCACUGUGCCACAUGCCCGGAUGCACAGACGAGCGCCACGUUUCACACUGGCCGCCUAUCCAAAAAGUUUUUAUGAAAACCAAGAUGAAUGAAACCCAAAGAUAUAAAGAUUUCAUGGUUUUCUUUGUGUUCAUUUCAAACUUACUAUAGAAUAUAGGUUUACUUUGAGUUUUGGAUUGUUCCUCGUGGAAGUGGGACACCUGUGCUUUAAACAUCGUUUGUUUUCUUGCUUUUGUUCGAGUCUCUCCAGGCGGAGUGACACAGAUUUCACUGAUUCUAACUUUUAAAUGUCUCUAUAUGAAGAUGUAAGAUAUGUUGAAUAAUUUUGUAUGUCCAUGAGGAAUACUGAUUGUUUUUUAGCUGAGUUUUUGCCAAAUAUGUUGAAGAAAUAUGUGACCAAAUAGCACAAAUAUGUAAAAGCCAGCAGCGGUUGAACCUCGAGGGCAGACGCAGUGUGAAGAAAUGCUUUCAGCUCAUAAGUCUUCUUCUUUCUCGGUUCAGAAGAAUAUCAGCAGCCACAGAAGAAAACUGUGAUUUUGUGUUGUUCUUACUUACAGUUUGGCUCUUUGCAUGAAAUUAUUUAAUUGUAGGCUGUGUCAUGAAACCCACACGAGUUUCUUACUGUGUCAAAAUGAACACGCAUAUCGUAGGACGAUCAAUGUCCUGCAAGCAAACAUUAUCACUUUUUUCCUUUUGCAUUGCAAUCCCAGUGAUUCGAGAACGACUGGGAAAAUCCAGCUUUGACUCUGACACGUUAACGAUAAUGGUUUCCCUCCCUCGAGGUUCACCAGUCGACCCCAUGAGUGUCAAAGGUUUGCUCACACCACCAGAAGAAAUAAGGCUUUUCUCUUCAUUUCCAUUGUUGCAGAUGAAAGCUGUGAAACAAAUGUGAUACCAAAAAAGUGUUUUUGUAGUAUGAAGUGUGUAGUGCCAUUUGAAAGGAACAUGUUAGCUUCUUUUGUUCUUCCUGCUGUGACAGGAAACGGUGCCAAAACGAAUGUUUGAUUAUUAUUAAUAUUAUUGUUAUUAGAGUCAACGACCUUUCAGAUGUUUUCUCCCUCUGAUACAUGUGAGAGUGACGUGGAAACGUUUGUUAGACAUUACUUUGAGAUAGCCUUCGAGCAAGUGUUGUGAGCUUUCUGUUGUUUGAGGCAUUAAACUCACACAUGGCCCAAAGGCAGCGACUAGAAGGAAAAAGGUCAAAAAGGCAGAAAAAUGUAGAGAAGUAGAGACUGGCUGCUAGAACCAGGGAGAAACAAUGCUUUAAUAAUUCUAAGUGCUUCAGCAUCCCCAAACCUUUGUAUUCUACUCUUAUAUUUUUACAAAGAGCUUUAACCUGGUGAGGGCCUGUCCUCCGGUCAACAUGAAAGGUGUGGAAAUGCAGAGCAGACAGGCAGCAGGUGGACACCAUGCUGUGACUUUCACAUGUGUUCUUCAGUGACUCUGAGCCUAUUAAACACUCGCUCACUUUCACAGCUACACAGAAUAAACUGUCCUAGUGACACAAUAACAGAAGAACACAGAGACACAAUACAUUUGACUGUAUUUAACCCUGUAUUCUGCUCCGUGUCAGUACUACCUGUGGCUCACCCGGGCCAAAGCAUACAGAGCUUUGUUAUCCAGCGAUUUGUCUCAUCUGACCCUGUGAUCAAUAAUUACAUUAUUUAUUUAGCCCAGCCUGUCCGUGUGGCGAAUCCAUCACUGGUACAAUAUGGAACCAAACACUAACUGCUUUAUUUCUCACCUGUGAUGUGCUUGUACAGAAAUAUCUUCAGAAACAUGCACAAUACACACAAAGAGAAAACCUUUGGAGCACAAACUGUUGCAAACGGUACUGUUUGUGUUUUGGAGGGCAGAAGGAUUUUAUUUAGGUUCUUAGUUCAAACUCAGGAGUGUUUCAGAGAAAAGCCUCCGACUGAAAGAAGCAUGUUGGCGACCUCCAGCUGUCUGAGCUCUGUGCUUUACACCACCCUUUCUCUUUGCUCCAUCAAAUUCAAUGCCUAAAACCAAAUAAAUAAAUUUAGCUCCA